CCCGUCAUAAGUAUUUUAGAGCUAGCAGAGAAAUGAUUAUGGAUAAACAUUUUAGUUUAACUCGAACUCUUCUGUUAAUAAUUGGUCUGUGGCCUUAUAAAAAAUCGAAAUUUACUCAACUUCAGUAUAUUUGUAUUCUUAUUAUUUUUACAACUGGUAUUAUAUUUCAAUUUACAGCAUUUAUAACCUUAAAGUGUAACGCUGACCUUAUCAUCAAAGUUUUCUCUUCUACAUUCGGUUUAAUUUGUAUAGAGAUAAAAUACAUUUCGUUUUACAUCAACAAUAAAGCAGUAAAAUGUCUAUUAGAAUAUCUUCAACAUGUUCAUGCUGAUCUAAAAGAUCAUAACGAAAUCGUUAUUAUAGAAAAAUACGGAAGCAAAGCAAGACGUUAUACGACAGCACUUAUAAGUAAGUAUUUGAUUCUUGUUUGGACCCACGAUACAUUAUAUGUUUAAAACAUGAAAGAAGGAAAAAAGAA